CUCGUUCGCAUGUAUCAUUUCCCGGUUCCUACAUUAAAAAUAUAUAAAUAUUUUCUAUUAAAUAUACUUCAAUAACUGAUCGAAAUUAACAAACACCUGUGGAUUUUGUUUUGGCAUAAAAGCUUUUCGUCUUGUAGCGAAAAAGACAAACAGACAGCAAAUAUUUUUAUGAUGUGAAGGAAACAACACUUAUACAUACAUACAUAUACAAGAAAUUUGUUUACAAACAAAUUCAUUGUUUAUACGCAAUAUUUUAAAUAAAAACAAUAACAAUUUAGAAUGAUCGAUAACAUAAAAGAGAAUAAAGCGAGAGAAGAAAACGAAAGCGGAUGAUAGUGAGAGAGCUUAAUGAAAAGUAUCACUAACAACGUGUAUAUUAAUGUAUUAAACGACACAAAUAAAAAAUACCGUAAAUAAUAAAUACAUUAACAUAUUUACUUUUAAAAUAAAAAUCGUAAAAAGGAACAUCUAAAAAAUUUAAAUAUGGCUAAAAAAUGUAGCGUGCGUUCAUUGAGUGAUAGUUCUUUGGGAGAGUUGGCUAAUUUGAUUGUAUCGACGCUCGGAUAUGCAAAGUAUGCACCGGACGUUGAUCUCGAUAUUAACAUUGUUAUGGUUGAAAUCAACCAAUAUUUAGAAAUGGCUGGUGCAACGUCAAACAUCUAUCAGGAUUUAUUACGGGUAAUUCUCAGUUCCGACUACUUGGAUGCUAGUAUGCGUUUCACCUGUUUGCAGAUGUUGUUAAAUUGUGGAGUUUCCUUUCUGGUUACCGAGGUAUUUCCAUUUUCAUAUUAUGAAAAAAUACUACAGGUGAUUGCAGCGCAAGGAGCUGGCUUACGUGUUCUUAAUUUGAAAGGAAUUUGGGUUAAGGAUGAACACAUGCACUACAUGUUCGAAAUUGUCAAGAAAUGCCAAUAUCUUACAAAGCUCUUUGUUCCUUAUAUAGCUAACGAUGAUCUGCUGCAAGUGAUUGGAAAAAAUUGUAAACGAUUGCAAGUACUAGACAUAUCUGGAGAGACGGAUAUUACCGAAAAUGGAAUAGAAUAUCUUAGCAAGGGGUUAUGUGCGCAGCGUUUAACUGUCAUUGACAUCGGUAUGCCAGGAGAGGAAAAUAUUUGUUACUCUGAUAUUGCCCUUAUUUUAGAAAAUUGUCCCAAUGUUGAAACUUUGUCAACGUAUUCGUUCGUGGGACCUGCACUGAAAUUUGUUCAUGAUAAUGUUGACAAGAACUUUACUUGCAAAUUGAAAUAUCUCCAUGAUACAGCUUCAGAUGAAGAAGCUGUGAAAAUAAUAGUCAAGACGUGUCCAAAUCUGGAGUCAAUUUAUUUGGAUACUCCAAAGAUUGGGUGUUUGCGAGCACUCGCUAAUACUCAAUUGCGAAAACUUAAAAUAUAUAAAUUUUCAUCAAAUGAAUUGGUAAAGUUACUCGAAAAUAUCGGGCGAAAUUUAGUCCAUCUUACAAUGAUUAAAAGCAAUGGUGAUUUGGAUUUGAAUGUUUUGGCGCGAAUGUGUCCUGGUCUAAUAGAUUUAGACUGCUAUAUGAUGGAUGGUUUAAUUUAUGCCAAUUCUAAUCACUGUCGUUUUACUUGCUUAGAGGGUCUUGAAAUGUUAAGCAGUCCUAUGACCAAUAUGGCUUUAAAAGCGCUAAUAUGCAACAAUACACAACUGAAGCGAUUGGCUGUCGAUAGUGUUUCAUUCAGCGAUGAAGAUAUAGUAAGCAUUUUUAUUGAACAUGACUUUAAUGUACUAGAAGAUGUUUGGUUCACCUUAGCGCCAAAUUUAACGGUUCAAUCAAUUGAGAUAUUAAUGGAAAGAUGUCCUGAAUUGCAGUCUGUUGGUCAACUUAGCGGCUGGUUCCUUACACCGGAUGAUCUCGCUUUAAUACGAGGACUAUUGAAAAGCGGAAAUUCUAGUCUUGCUACUACUAUUACUCACGAUCACUAAUAUAAUUAUUUUAUCUACUAAACUAUUCAAAUUGAAUUCUAGUGUGGGACCAAAAAUCAAGCAAUUAUUUUUUAUUUCACUUUCAGCGUCUUCAGUGAUUUAGAAAGUAUCUUCUGUACAUAGAUGGAUUUCUGCUAUUACACACACAUACACAUUAUUGUAUUUAUGUUUGGAUGGAUGUUAUUAGCGGAAAUACGCCCGAUAAAAGUCAUCAAACAAUUUUAUUAUUAAGAUAUAAAUAUUCAUACUUUUUGUGCUACUAUAGUACAUAAUUUUAAUUUUAAAUAUUCGUUAUUUCUUGUGAUUUGUAAUUAUGAAAUACAUAUGUACAUUGUAACUAUGUAUGUAUAUAAAUAUAUGCACGUAAAUCAGA